AUGGGCAAAGGUCAUUGAACACCCUGGCCACCCCGACCAAUUCCCUUAUAUUAAUAUCUGGGCCCAGGCCUGUGAAGAACCUCCGGCAUGGUUGCAGCACUGCUUCCUGCGCACCAGUUCUCAUAUUCUGGUAAUGGUACCAAAUGGGAUAAAGUCCACAAAGCGGCAGGCACCCAGGCUGGUGUUCUCCCAGGAGCCGGACCCCUUAGGCCUACUGACCCCAGGUUAAGACUCCCUCCAUAUGCAGAACCAUCCCCUGGGGAGGCAGAAGUUAAGUCCAUCUACCCAUCUCCCCCGAAAGAAGGGGAGAUCCCGGAUUCCACUACCUCUCCUUCCCGUACCCGAGGGGGCUCUGCUUAUGGACCUGCGGAGGCACCCCAGGAGAGACCGGACCCAGUCCCUGUGCUCCCAUUGAGAGAAAUAGAACAAGGUUAUUAUGUAUACAUUCCUUUCUCUACAAGUGAUUUAUAUAACUGGAAGCACCAGAAUCCCCCAUUCUCUGAGAAGCCACAAGCCCUAAUCUCCCUCCUCGAGUCUGUAUUUAAUACCCAUGACCCCACCUGGGAUGAUUGUCAGCAACUUUUACAGGCUCUGUUCACAUCCGAGGAACGAGAAAGAAUUAGAAGACACGCUGUUGGGUCAGUGCUGGGGGGAGCUGAGGGGCUUGUUGACGACCAACAACAACAGGCCCAAGUUGAAGCACAGCUCCCCAUCUCCCAUCCCAAAUGGGAAUCGAAUUCCACCGGAGGUAGGGAAGCUCUUCGCAACUAACGUCAGCAUCUCCUGGCCGGCCUUAGGGGAGCCGCUCGCAAGCCUACCAAUUUGAGCAAGGUAAGCGAGGUCCUACAAGGGCCUGAGGAAUCCCCCUCUGCCUUCCUGGAGCGUCUACUGGAGGCAUACAGCACGUACACUCCAACUGACCCAGACGCUCCAGCGAACAGGCAGGCAAUUAAUCUGGCUUUUGUAACUUAGUCGGCCCCAGAUAUUUGGAAAAAAUUACAGAGAAUUGAGGGCUUUGAAGGAGAGAAUAGGGAAAAAUCGAUAAGUGUAGCAAUGAAGGUGUUCACAAACAGGGAUCCACCCAAAGAUAGAAUAACUAAAAAGAUGGCAAGGACAAAUAUAAUGAUGAUGGCAGAAGAGGAAGAAGAAAAUCCUCCAGAACAAAAAUGGGACUAUUUGCAAGAAAAGUUUCCUCAGGUAUGGGCUAAAACAAACUUACCGGGGCUGGCAAAACAUCAAGUCCCGAUAAUAGUUCAAUUGUUGGCCUCUGCCACCCCUGUUCGGGUCCGACAAUAUACUCUUCGCUUGGAGGCUAAGAUAAAAAUAUCUAAACACAUCCACCGACUUUUAGAUGCUGGGAUAUUGAUCCCAUGUCAGUCAGCCUGGAACACACCCUUGCUACCUGUAAAGAAACCUGGCACAUCAGACUACAGGCCGGUACAGGACUUGCGGGAGGAAAGCCGGGUGGAGACCGUCCACCCGACGGUACCGAACCCCUACACACUGCUGAGCCUCAUUCUGCCUGCACAUGUGUGGUAUUCAGUUCUUGAUCUCAAAGAUGCAUUUUUCAACCUGCCCCUGGCACCAGUAAGCCAGCCGCUCUUUGCAUUUGAAUGGACAGACCCGGACACUGGAACUACUGGACAAUUGACAUGGACUCGAUUGCCACAAGGCUUUAAGAACUCCCCCACACUGUUCGGGGAGGCUCUCAACAGAGAUCUACAAGAGGUAAGGAAAGCUUUUUCCUACGCAACUGUUCUCCAGUAUGUAGACGACCACUUAGUGGCGACCACAACCGAGAAAAAAUGUCUCACAGCCACAGAGGGACUCCUGGAGGCCCUACAAGGUCUGGGAUAUCGAGUUUCCUGGAAGAAAGCCCAGCUCUGCAAAACCAAGGUAACUUCCUUGGGUUGUGUUCUUGAAAAAGGAAAAAAAGCUGAAUCCAGGGUGUCAGCGAUCCUUCAGAUCCCCACUCCCAGCUCAAAGAAGCAGGUGCGUGAGUUCCUGGGGGCCAUAGGAUACUGCAGAAUCUGGAUACCUAGCUUUGCUGAAAUUGCCAAACCCCUGCAUGAGGCUACGGCAGGGGGAAAUGCACCCCUUGAAUGGACAGAGGCUUGCCAGCAAGCAUUCCAGACGCUCAAGACUGCGCUCACCACAGCGCCGGCCUUAGCCCUGCCUGACUUAAAUAAACCUUUCACCUUAUAUGUGGCAGAGAGGAACAGGGUGACAAAAGGAGUGAUCACGCAGUCUUUGGGGCCUUGGAAGCGACCUAUAGCCUAUCUGUCCAAAAGACUUGACCCAGUGGCCAGAGGAUGGCUGUCUUGUUUAAGGAUGGUAGCUGUGGCUGCUGCUUUAACUCGGGAAGCUGAUAAAUUGACUUUUGGUCAGGAUCUGACUCUGAUCACUCCUCAUGCCUUUGAGACCCUGCUGCACAACUCACCAAGUAGAUGGCUAUCAAAUGCUAGAUUACUGCAGUACCAGGGACUCUUGUUAGAACAGCCGCGCAUUAAAUUUGGCACAACAUCUAACCUGAAUCCUGCUAGUCUGCUCCCUGAGUCAGAUGACCAACUGCCCAUCCAUGACUGCCUUGAGACUCUUGAAAAUCUGCGGGGAGGAUGUCCAGAUCUGACGGACCUGGCCCUUCCCCGGCCUGAGGCAACUGAAGGUGUACGAUCUGUGGGAGCAACAAUAGUCAAUCAGGAUCAAAGGAUAUGGGAACAAGGGCUGCCCCAAGGGACAUCAGCACAGAAGGCCGAACUGAUUACUUUAACUAAGGCUCUGGAAUUAGGAAAAGGGAAAAAGAUAAAUAUUUUCACUGAUAGCCGUUAUGCUUUUGCUACUGCCCAUGUACAUGGAGAAAUUUACCAGAAUAGAGGACUUUUAACAUCAGACGGGAAAGAACUUAAAAACAAAGUUGAGAUAUUGGCUCUGCUGCAAGCCAUUUGGCUGCCAAGGGAGGUUGCCAUCAUUCACUGCCCUGGACAUCAAAGGAAUUCCAGCCCUGAAGCGAUUGGAAACAAUGCAGCUGACCAGGCAGCAAAGCAAGCUGCCCAAAAAUCAGUGGGGAAACAAAUGGUGCUGCUACCUACACCCGUGCUCCCAGAGAGGCCUGAAUAUACAGAGGAAGAAAUAACAGAGAUGAGUAAGAACCACUGGACCAAAGGAAAGCAUGGAUGGCGGACGACAGAUGAAGGGAAGAUCGUUCUGCCAGCCGCGGUGGCUAACACUUUGCUAAAUGAGCUCCAUGAAUCCACCCACCUAGGAGAAAAGAGGAUGAUGGCCCUGCUGCGGCCCCACUUUGUCAGCAGAGAAUUAGCCCAGAAGGCCCGGGACAAAGUGAGACGGUGCCCCACCUGCCUCAAGAUAUGGAAUUAAAGGAGAAAUUCUCUCAUCUGAGGUUGCUUAAGUCUCUGAGAGCUUUAAAUGAAAUGCAGUCUCAACUACAAG